CGUUCUGAGUCCCCCGAUUGAGGAGCCUGCCGGUUAAUCGAGCCGAUUCCCACAACGAACACACAGCAGCAGCAGCAGCCAUGGCGGGCGGUCUCGUCAAGUACAGGCAUUUGAGCCGCAACUCGUCGGCACGACAGGCCCUCCUCCGUGGCCUCGUCACCUCCCUCGUCGCCCACGAGCACAUCCACACUACCUACGCCAAGGCGAAGGAGGCCCAGCGCCUCGCCGAAAAGCUCAUCACCUACGCGAAGCGGGACAACGAGGAGACGAGGCGGAAAGCCCAGGCCAUUCUCUACACCCCCCACGACCUCCUCCCCAAGCUCUUCGGCGAGCUGCGCGAGCGCUACUCCGAGCGCCCCGGCGGCUACACGCGCGUGCUGCGCACCGAGCCGCGGAGCACCUACGAUCAAGCGCCCUCGGCCAUCCUCGAGCUCGUCGACGGGCCCCGCGACGCCCGCUUCAUGAUGACGGCAAAGGCCGUCGCCUUCGACAAGGACGCCGGCAAGAAGCACACGGAGCUGACCAAGAAGAACGUCGCCAAGGUCACGAGGUACCGCAAGGACGGCAAGUCGGCCUUCGCCGACAUGGUCGCUAGCUUCCGCCAGCUCAGCGCCAGGAGCAACGGCGGCAAGAGGAAGAAGGCCGAGACGGAGGAGGCCGAGGCGUGAACAUCCCGCGCUAUGUGGGAAACGGGGUUUACGUCUGAACGAUAGGGGAGGAAGGUGGGGAAGAUGAAGUCUUGCAAAAUCUGUAACUCAUUAAAGAAACGGUGUAUCAUCAGUGGGAAAAUACGUGGCCAGUCU